UCAGAAAUACAAACAUACCGAAAAAAAGUAACCAAUAAUAUUAUUAGUUUUAGACCAAAAAAUAAUAUUAUUACUUAUAUUAAAAAUGGAGAACAAAGGGAAGAACAUCGAACAAGCUCAAGCAAGUUGUUAUCAACAGUGGAUGAGUUUACAAUCCCAACGCGUCCCUGAGCUUAAACAAGCCUUAGCUCAACGGCGCACUCACGAAGGCACGGCCGACGCUGCCGCCGAUGAUAACAAGCUCCGUGAAUUAACACAAAACAUCAUUGGAGAUUUCAAAAAUUACGCUGGAAAAAGAGCUGAUUUAUCUCACCGAUGUAGCUCGAGCUAUUAUGCGCCGUCGUGGAACACUCCUUUAGAGAACGCUCUUAUUUGGAUGGGUGGUUGUAGACCUUCUUCUUUCUUUAGGCUCGUUUAUGCUUUGUGUGGGUCCCAAACCGAGAUUCGUGUUACUCAGUUUCUCCGUAACAUCGACGGCUACGAUUAUUCAGGUAGUGGUGGCGCAUCACUCAGCGAUCUAACGGCGGAGCAACUAGCAAAGAUCAACGUGUUGCAUGUAAAAAUCAUAGACGAAGAAGAGAAGAUGACAAAGAAAGUUUCGAGCCUGCAAGAAGACGCGGCGGAUAUCCCCAUCUCCACCGUGGCUUACGCAGAGGAGCACGUGGGAGAGCCUAACGCAAUGGUGGAUCAAGCUCUCGACAAGCAAGAAGAAGCUAUGGCCACUUUAUUGGCCGAGGCCGAUAAUCUGAGGGUAGAUACUUUGGCCAAAAUCAUAGAGAUUCUGACGCCAGUGCAAGCGGGGGAUUUUUUGAUGGCCGGAAAAAAGCUUCAUCUUUCAAUGCAUCACUGGGGAGCGUUAAGAGAUCGGCGCCGUGGUGAAUGCAUAAUUGACGCUGGAAACGAUGGCGGGGGAGAGGAGGAGAAGUAGUCGUCUCUAUAGUAGAUAUGGUAUUAUAUUAUAGGUACGUACGUGUCAAAUAUGAGAUCGCAUAAUAACAAGAUUUCAUAAUCUAGCAAUUAUAAGGUUUCUUUUUUUUUUAACACAUGCAAUUAUAAGGUUUUAUGACAUAGUUUAGGGAUAUAUAAUCCUUAUAUGUUAGUUUUAUUUUCCCAAAACUUAUCUCAUCAUUGUGCAAUGCGUUUGGAUUAUAUUAAUAAUAGUUUUUUAAUAAU